GGAGUUUCUAACUCUCGCGAGAGGUGCUAUAAGUGGGCUUUGGCUCUUCAGGGUUCAGCCUGCGGGUGGCAGACUGAAGCUGUGAAUAUGAGUGAUGAUAAACCGUUUCUUUGCACUGCUCCUGGCUGCGGACAGCGAUUCACAAAUGAAGACCACCUGGCAGUGCAUAAACACAAGCAUGAGAUGACCCUGAGAUUUGGUCCAGCACGCAAUGACAGUGUCAUCAUCGCUGACCAGACACCGACACCGACCCGCUUCCUGAAGAACUGCGAAGAGGUCGGGCUGUUUAACGAGCUCACCAGCCCGUUCGAGCAUGACUUUAAAAAGGCCACGGAAGAUGAUGUUAAAAAGUUGCCUCUGGACUUGUCUCCUCUUGCGACUCCUGUUGUUCGAAACAAAAUAGAGGAGCACACACCCAUUGCGUCCCACCGAGACAGUCCCCUUCCUCACCCCGAGUCAACAACCGCUGACGACAAGGAGGUUUCUUUGCAGCCGGCCUCUCUGCCUCCAUCCACUAUAGUCCGUCCUGCCUCCCUCCAAGUCCCCAGUGUACUACUGGCCAGCAAUGAGGCUGGUGUUGUUAUUCAGCAAGCUCUCCCAUCUCCGACAUCUAGCUCUGUUAUAACCCAGGUCCCAUCCUCUAGUAGACCGAUAGUUCCGGUGUCCGGCACGUUUCCGGUUCUGCUCCAGCUGCCUAACGGUCAGACGAUGCCAGUCGCCAUUCCAGCCACCAUCGCCAGCUCUAGCGUACACAUACCCACUGCCAUCCCUCUGGUCAGACCAGUCACCGUAGUGCCUAGUGUCCCUGGAAUCCCCGGCCCCUCCUCUCCACAGCCUGUCCAAUCAGAAGCCAAGAUGAAGCUGAAGGCUGCACUCAGUCAGCAGAGCCCUCAGGUAACCAACGGCGAUGCAGGUGACAUCCAGAGCAGCUCGGCCAGCGAGACUCCGCCCCCGGCCCCGCCUCCAGUCGAGGAGCCCCGCCCACAGUCACUACAGCAGCCGGCCACAUCCACGACAGAAACUCCUGUGUCUCCGGCCCCUCCGGCCCAGCACACCACCAGCACAGGCGGGCGGCGGCGGAGAACCACCAGCGAGGACCCCGACGAGAAGAGGCGGAAGUUUCUGGAGAGGAACCGAGCGGCCGCGUCUCGCUGCAGGCAGAAGAGGAAAGUCUGGGUGCAGAAUCUGGAGAAGAAAGCGGAGGACUUGAGCAGCGUGAACGGACAGCUACAGAGCGAGGUGACUCUUCUGCGAAGCGAGGUGGCCCAGCUGAAGCAGCUUUUACUGGCUCACAAAGACUGUCCCGUGACGCUCCUGCAGAAGAAAUCGGGAUACCAUCAGCUGGAUAAGGAGGACAGCUGCGGGGAGAUGUCUGUUCCCAGCAGCCCCCAGAACGAGGCCAUCCAGCACAGCUCCAUCAGCACAUCCAACGGCGUCAGCUCCUCCACAGCAGCCACGGCGGCCCUCGCGUCCGGCCCCGCUCUGGGGCCCGCCGCAGACCACAGCACAGAGGAGGAAGACGCCUCUUCCUCUCAUGCCCAGUCUUCAGGAAGCUGAUCAGGCCUCUGAUUGGUCGCUUCGAUUCCCGGCAGCCAUGUUUGAAAGGAGGAGGGCGAGAGAUGAGACGCUUCAGUCUCGUCUCACCUCUGUUUUCAUUUCGAGCUCUUUUCGAUCCAGCGCAUUUUUACAAAGAGCUGUGGGGGGGGCACUUGAGAGGUUAUGCAGAAAUCGUAUGAUUGUUUCAUGGUUUUUCCAUUUGUGGUGUGUUUAUUGAGGAUCGAGACGGAGCGGUUCACAACAGUCCUGUGUCCGGAUUCAUAGACUUACUGGAGCGCUAUCCAAGGAAGAAUCGGCCACUUUAUAAUUUAUUUGCCUUUUAUAUUUUGCACAUGAAAGGAGUGAACGGUGUCUGUUUUAGUUUUCCAGCUGAUUUUUAGCAGUAGCUUUAAAACAAAAUCUGAUCGUCGGUCUUCUAGAAAUAGUGAGGUGUCGUUGCGUGAAUGCUUCAUACGGAUCCUGGCAUGUUAAUGAAGAUUUUCUGACAUGAGUGAUUGUUCAUUGGGCAGUGAUUGUACGAGUGCAUUAUUCUUUUCAAAUGCUUACUUCGAUAUGUGCAGGUUAUUGAAAUUACAACAACAAAUUUCUUUUACAGUCUAAUUACAAAGACGUUUUAGGUAAAUUAGUGAAAUAGACUUGCCUGAGAGCUUAUUUUGAUAAGAACUUAAUGCUUUUUUUAUAAGCAAUUUUGUUUUUUUUUCUUGCUUAACUUACAAAGUAGCUGACUUUGUAUUUGUUGUGUCAUUGAGAAGAUCAUUAGUUCAUUCACUCUGAUUGUCUUUCUGAUUACAGUGUAAUUAAGGAAGCAUUGUAUAUGCCAUUAUGAUGAAAUCAUUGUAUGUGAUCUCUACUGGUACUAUGUUUGUCUUAGGAUCAUGACAAAAAAAAAAAACAAAAAAAACGAAACGAACCUUUAAACAAGGCUUUUUCUGGCCAAGCUGUGGAACUGUUUUCAGCAAUUGCGUCUUUAGCAUUAAACUCGACAAAACUCAACCGGAGCUGCUCUUCAAAACAACGACGGAUGUAAAACUCUACUGUCUUUUUAAGUUACGCUUAGUGACGGUUGCUAAGUAAGAAAAACAGAUGAAGUCUUUGAUCAUCAUCCUCUUCUCUCUUUAAAUUCUAUUGGCUUACUACUGUGUAGUUCUACAAGACUUUGCUGCAUUUCGUUCUGCUUUUAAGUCUACUUGAUUUUGGUUUCAAAGGUAAAUUUGUACGACGGUUGUUCUGUGCUUUACCUGCAUGACUGAAUUCUCUAAGAGAAUUAGACCAGUGUUUCAACCGUGUCUCCGUUGCUGUCGAACGUCUCGUUACUCUUAGAUUUUCAGCCAGGAAUUGGCAGCUUUACAAUGGGGGUUUUGUUCUUUAUAUUUACUAGGUCCACUUUGGAGGAAAAAAAAAAAAAAAAAAAGGAUGUGAUGAUUAUUGUGCUGGCGGUCAACUUGUAACUUGUGAAAGUUAUGUAUAAAUUAUAAUAAAUUAAUAAAACGUUGUAAUAAAUCUUUUAAAUAGCUACUUAAA